AUGGCCCUGCGUCGAUUCCGGCAAAGCGAAGCCGCAAAGGACGUGACUUUCGUGGUCAAGUACUUCCCAUACCAGCUGCAUCCCGAUGCCACCAAGGAGGGUGAAAACAAGUACGAUUGGUACAAGAAAUCCCGCUAUGGCGACUCGGAAGAGAAGAUGAAGAUGUAUAUGGCCUUGAUGACGGCAUAUGGCCUCUCGGCUGGUAUCAAUUUUAAGUUCGGCGGCACAGUCGCCAACACCAUGGACGCACAUCGCGUGAUCCAGCACUUCCAAGAGGAAAGGGGCCCUGAAACGGCCGACAAGAUCAUCAAUUCGCUCUAUUCCCAGUAUUUCGAGAACGAGAAGCACCCUUCUUCCGACGAGACGUUGCUCAAAGCCACCGCAGAGGCCGGAAUCCCUGAAUCCGAAGCCCUUCCAUUCAUCCAAGACAAGAACGACGGGAUGAUGGAUGUGAAGAACAUGGUUCGUCAGCAGGCAGGCAACGGGGUUGAUUCCGUGCCGACCAUCAUGAUCGAGGGCAAACGGAGGGACAUCACCCUCGUGGGAGCGAAGGAGGUCGAGGAAUACGAGAAGGCUCUGAAGCAGAUUGUCAAGGAGAGCAAGUAG